AUGGAAACGAUUGCAGAUCAUUUCUUUCUCGUAGGGUUGUCGAAAAAAACGUUCAGUGAUGUAGUGACAUUGCCAGAAACUGAAGAUGAUGUCUCCGAACAUAGCAAUUGUUUAGCAGCGAAUUUGGCAAAGAACACUUCAACGAAAGGGGCAUCGGGUAUACCACAAUUAUUGUCCAUUAACAAAGAUCAGAACCAGCCAGGAAGCCUUUUCGUCUCUUCGUCUAUUACCGGAUCGCCGAAGCGAGCUGCAUCAAGUUGGGCUUCCUCUCCAAAGGCACCAGAUCCUACAUCAAGAAAAAAGGACGGGUUUUCUGCAUCUAAUUCAAGCCUUAUUCGUCCCAGUGUUAGCUCUAUCACUCAUAAACGACCACAAAAUAUACCUACUCCAAAUAUAUCUGAUUUAGAUAAGGAACCUCUACAAAAUCGCGUCAGUAUAGGCACUACCUAUACACUGUCUGAAGUAUAUCAGUCUUACGUUGCCUAUCCGGAAAGUGUUCCUUUAUCUCCCUCGUUACACCCCUUGGAAAAAAGUUUUCCUCCUUCUUUAUUGCUCAGAUAUCCGACCACUAAAGAUUUAGACAAAGAAAGUGCAAAAAGCUCUCGUUGUGAAUUUCCCAACUAUGUGCCAAUGUUUGUGUUUCCUAAUGACAUAGCUAUCAAGCAGUCCUGCACGCGUCCUACCUCAACAUACCACUCCUUUGCUUUGACAAGCGAGGAUAAUUCUAGGAUUUAUGGAGUUUGUAUGGUUGUUUGGGUAAAAAUGUCUUUGGAGAUGCAAUCAGAGUUGCUGAAGGCUUGUGAUGUUUGGCGAAAUCACUACGCGUCCCCCGAGGAUCUAGAAGUAGUUGAUUCUUUGCUAUUUAAGCUAGAUGCAGAAAAAAAACGUCUUUCUCAGUUACUUGAGAUGGCGCAAAGCACUGAGCAAACCCACUUUUCACGUGCGCAUUUAUCAGAUCAAAUGGCUAUUUGCGAAGAAAAUAUACAUCUAUACAAAGAGAUGUUACGUCCUAUGAAAAAUAUACUUUUUGGAUUAACUGACGUAUUCACUGAAGGUCAGCACAUCUGGUUGCCGAAAUCAUACGGCGUUCUGACCAGAUGUCCUUAUUUGCAAUCUUUCUGCCGCGAUUGGCUUCGAAUUAUAUGUUCGCCUCUUCUUGUAGAUGAUCUUGAUUACAUUCCUCCCUUUGACAUUGACUUCUUACGAAAUAUGUCUAUUGAGGCUUAUAUAAAGAACAUAUGCUAUGAAAUUCCAUUACCACCUAGAGGCCUUUCUCAGACUCGCGUUGAAGUUGGACCUCUCCGACUUUGUGUUUUUCGUAGCCCGUUGAAUGAAAUUCCUGGAUGGUGCGAUGUGGACUUGUAUCCUCUUUUUCGAGCUUUAGACUCGUGGAACAUCUUAACUCUUUUUGAAGCAGCUCUCCUAGAGUCAAAAAUUCUGUUUAUAUCCAAGAGUAUAAGCAUGCUUAGUUAUGCGUCAUUUGCUCUUAUUCAUUUACUUUAUCCACUAGUUUGGCAAGGUCUGUUUAUUCCUGUUUUGCCACGUAGGUUGAUAUCGUGUCUUGAAGCACCUUGCUCAUACAUUAUCGGUAUUUUGAGCGAUGCUAUAUCUUUGAAUAAUUUGCAGUUGGAUAGUGUACCUCUAGUGGUAUGCGACUUGGAUAACAACUGGGUUAAGACAUAUGGCGAGUUGGUCACUUUACCUGCUUCUCUACGGCAUAAACUAUAUGCGAAUUUAAAUACUGCUGCCCCCUUGCACUCUCAAUAUGAUAUUCCUUUCGGUGUUCCAAGAUAUGCAUAUGAAGCGUAUCCUAAUAAAACGGUGCCUUUGAGCACAACAACGAGUUUUCCGUUGCGAGAAAGAUUCCAUAUUCCAUUCUUCCUUUCUCGGCAUCCCUGGGUUAAUAGGAAUUCGUAUGUAAUACCGCCGAUUUUAAAUGGCUUCUUAAGGUUCCAGGAAAACGUUUCAAGUAUUUCUUUUCCGAAACAGCUGGAUGUGUCAAAAUCUUUGCCUAGACUUUCUUCUUAUGGACGCUCAACCUCUGAACACACUCGUCACUUUUCUUCCCCGCCUUUGACUAGAUCUGUUUCUCCUAUGGCGAUUGAAACUAAUAAGUCGUUUUCGUCUGCCACUGAAAGCAGUCGGAGAAAUUCAAUGACAGCAGCUUAUACGUAUUCUGAUGGACAACAUGAAGAGCCCUUUAAGAGAAAUAAAUCGUUUGUGAACAUUCCUCACUUAAACAAUGUCGCCGAGAAAACAAGCAGACAUCUUCUCUAUAAGGAAGGGCACAAACUUCGGUAUGUUUCCAUCGAUUUAUAUACGGUUGGUUCUCUUACCAUCUGUGCUGUUUCUGGUGCUCCCUUAGAACAAACCCAUCUACGGUGUGACAAUUGUGGCUUACAUAUCAACGUUGAGUUUAUUCGGUAUGUAUGUAUGCCUUGUACUCCCGUUUGUUUUAAUGGUCAAUUGGUGUCGACUGUCUUCUUAAAGUUUUUCACUAAAAUACUCGGUCCUUACAGGCAAUUUUUUCAGAAAAAAGAAGAAAAUCACGAACAUGGUCAAAGAAGAUUUGAAUCAUUCAAUUUUAAAAAGUUUGCACGACAUUCAUCCAAGGUCCAUGGAAAUUGGAUCCUCAGUUUUUGUAACACUCAAGCAUUUUCCGAAUUUGUGAGUGAUCGUUCUCAGUGCAAUCGCAAUGAUCCAAACAUUGCAUUAUUCGAUCAGUUACUUUUAUGUGAAAAAAAUAACGGAAAGCCUCGUAUAUUUGGAAAGUCUACGUCCUUCUUACAUGAUAGAAGCUUUGAAAUCCAAAAAUUUGAGAUAGCACCCACACCGGAUAUUUCUUAUGAAAAUAAGUAA